ACAAGAAAACGCGUGUUUUUGGUGCGUGUUCUGCGUUCGGUGCUUUUUCCUUGAUCCCACGAUGGCCGGAAUGGAAAUUGUGCUGGGAUCUUACGAACAGUUUACCGUUUGUUACCGUACGGAACCACUCAAGAAGGAUCCAAGCAAACUGUUCCUCAAGGAAGCCUUCGCGGCUCAUCUGCACACCUCGUCCGUGCGCUCUAUCUCGUCGCAUGGCAAGUAUGUUGCAACCGGUGGUGCGGACGACCGAAUAUGCCUGCUGGACAUGAAGGACGGAACUCAGGUCACAGACUUCCUACACCACGAUGGCACAAUAAACGCCGUGGCAUUCUCGAAGGAUGGAACGCAUCUGUUUGCCGGUUGUAGUGACGGUAGCAUGUCCGCCAUCAACAUGGCACGACUAUCCGUUAGCAGAACGUGGAAAAAUGCUCACAAAGCAGCCGUACAGAGCAUUUCCAUUCAUCCUCAGGGAACGCUAGCGCUGACACUCGGGGCGGAUCUGACCCUCAAGACCUGGGAUCUGAUCACGGGCCGUACGCUCUUUACGACCGCGCUGCGGAAGAACACAAAGUACGGGAAUGUGGUAUCCGAUGUGCAGUGGUCCCCAGAUGGUGAACAUUUUGCGCUGCUCGGGGCUCGAGUGGUAGACGUGAUGAGUGUAGAAACCACCCACUCCGUGCGGACGGUUCAGUGUGACUCUAAACCGACCGUCAUAUGUUGGCUCUCGGAUGAAGAGAUUGCAGUGGGGCUGGAAAACGGUUCUCUGUUGCUGCUGAACAUACACAACGAUGAACAGCAGGAACAGCUACCGAUCUACGAGACGCGAGUAAAAGCGAUCGCCACCAAUGGUGCCGGUUUCAUUGCGACGGCCUCGAGUGCUGGUGAUGUUUCGUUGUGGCGACUGGAAGAUGACGAGUUUUCGGAAAUCGCCACAAAGCAAACCGGAUGUCGGCCGAUAUGUUUGGCGCUGCGAAGCUCGGAUGCCACACCACAGACACCUGAUGCGGAACCGGACAUAGAGCCUGCCGUGGCUGAAGAAGAAACAGAAACAAAAAGAAUGAAAGCGGCCAAAAUAGCAACGAAAGUUGCGCGCGAUUUGGCACGGGUUGUCGUGGAAACGGAAGAUCCCGUUGAGCUGGCGGUGGAGCAGCGCAAGAGAAAACGUCCGAAUGGCAGCAAGGGUCAAUCGAAGGUACGUCGAAAGGAAAAGAAGAAGAAGAAUGAUGAUGAAUGAUGAUUCAACCUUGUUGAACGACGUUGUCCCUUGAUGAAUUCAAUAAAACAUUUCGUUAACUACCAACAGUUACGUUAAUACAGAUGGUCGUUCACAAGCAGUGACUA